UGAGAAACAACCUCCACCGACCUUCCUUUCAUGCCUGUAAUCUGUCUGCGUUGGGUGUGCUCCGUAGCUAGCCACGGCACACAUUUUAUUAUUAUGAAACAAACCAAAAGCUAGAGCGCACACGCAGACAUAUUUUUAUAAGAAAAAAAAUCGGUGAAGCAGGAUUUGAUUUGCAACUCAAGCAACGCGAAGAGGAAGAAGAAACAAGACGUAGCGAGACGGAUGCUAGAGUGCUAACGAAGAUAAAACCGCCAUUACUGAAAGCGUGGGUGGUAAUUUCAUCGCGGUGCCAAGCACGUUUCUGCAACGGUGUUUUUCCUUUUUUUUGUUAAUUGUAACAAAUAGCUUAGCGCGUUCACCAAUCGUUUUGUUCUGCCUGUGAACGGUACAGACGGGCAUUUGUUCCACGAGCCGCAUCGUUAGGCCACGCUCGCUACGAUAGCUUGCUAAUCAGGGAAGCUAGCCCACGUUGCCACCUUUGGAGGUAACGCAAGGAACAAGUCAUCUGGGCGCCCUGUCGUUUACGACGGGACAAAGAACAUCACCGCUUCACAUUGAAGACUGGUGUAUUUCAACAUUAGUUGUUAUUACGUCUCCUUUUGUCUGAACACACGUCGUCAUCAUGAACCCCAGCGCUCCGAGCUACCCCAUGGCCUCCCUCUAUGUGGGGGACCUACAUCCAGACGUAACUGAGGCCAUGCUCUACGAAAAAUUUAGCCCGGCUGGGCCUAUCUUGUCUAUCAGGGUAUGCAGGGACAUGAUCACCCGUCGCUCCCUCGGUUACGCCUAUGUUAACUUCCAGCAGCCCGCUGAUGCUGAGAGAGCCCUGGAUACCAUGAAUUUUGAUGUGAUCAAAGGCAGGCCACUUCGCAUCAUGUGGUCUCAGCGGGACCCCUCGCUGAGGAAGAGUGGAGUGGGCAACAUUUUCAUCAAGAACCUGGACAAGUCCAUAGAUAACAAGGCCCUCUAUGAUACAUUUUCAGCAUUUGGAAAUAUCCUGUCCUGUAAGGUGGUUUGUGAUGAAAAUGGCUCAAAGGGUUACGGCUUUGUGCACUUUGAGACCCACGAGGCUGCUGAGCGGGCCAUUGAGAAAAUGAAUGGCAUGUUGCUCAAUGACAGAAAAGUAUUUGUUGGGCGAUUCAAGUCUCGGAAAGAGAGGGAAGCUGAGCUCGGAGCCCGUGCAAGAGAAUUCACCAAUGUUUAUAUUAAGAACUUUGGGGAGGAUAUGGAUGAUGAAAAGCUCAAGGAGUUGUUUGGAAAAUAUGGGCCUGCACUAAGUAUCCGCGUUAUGACUGACGAGAGUGGCAAAUCUAAAGGAUUUGGUUUCGUCAGUUUUGAAAGACAUGAAGAUGCUCAAAAGGCUGUAGAUGAUAUGAAUGGUAAGGAAUUGAAUGGCAGACAAGUUUACGUGGGUCGUGCCCAGAAAAAGGGUGAGCGUCAGAAUGAGCUGAAGCGCAAAUUUGAGCAGAUGAAACAGGAUCGCAUGACUAGAUACCAGGGUGUCAAUCUGUAUGUGAAAAAUCUGGAUGAUGGCCUUGAUGAUGAGCGACUGCGGAAGGAAUUUUCUCCUUUUGGGACAAUAACAAGUGCUAAGGUUAUGAUGGAGGGUGGCCGCAGCAAAGGCUUUGGCUUUGUGUGUUUUUCUUCUCCAGAAGAGGCCACUAAAGCAGUAACGGAGAUGAAUGGGCGUAUCGUUGCCACCAAGCCAUUGUACGUGGCCCUUGCUCAGCGCAAAGAAGAGCGUCAGGCCCAUCUAACCAAUCAGUACAUGCAGAGGAUGGCCACUGUCAGAGCUGUUCCUAACCCUGUCCUCAACCCUUAUCAACCAGCUCCACCUUCUGGCUACUUUAUGGCAGCUAUACCUCAGGCCCAAAACCGUGCUGCAUAUUACUCUGCCAACCAACUGGCUCAGCUGCGUCCCAGCCCACGAUGGGCCACUCAGGCAGUGCGUCCACAGCACUUCCAGAACAUGCCCAAUGCAAUGCGGCCUUCAGCUCCCAGGCCCCAGACUUUCAGCACCAUCCGUCCCGCCACCACCACCAACACCCAGGUCCCACGCAUGAUGGCCUCUCAACGUAUGCCCACCCAGGCCCUCAGCCAGCGUCCUGCCAGUGCUUCAGCCACUGCCGCCCCAGUGCGUGCAAUGCCUCACUACAAAUAUGCCGCAGGUGUCCGCAAUCCUCAGCAGCACAUGGCCUCCCAGCCACAAGUCACCAUGCAGCAGCCUGCUGUCCAUGUCCAAGGACAGGAGCCUCUGACUGCUUCCAUGCUGGCUGCUGCCCCUCCUCAGGAACAGAAGCAGAUGCUGGGUGAGCGACUGUUCCCCCUGAUUCAGAACAUGCACCCAAGUCUGGCGGGCAAGAUCACCGGCAUGCUGCUGGAAAUCGACAAUUCUGAGCUUCUUCACAUGCUUGAAUCACCUGAAUCCCUGCGCUCAAAGGUGGAUGAGGCAGUUGCUGUGCUCCAGGCCCACCAGGCCAAAGAGGCUGCUCAGAAGUCCACUACUCCUGCUGGUGUUCCCAGUGUCUAAGAUUGAGCAUUUUGAAACCUGCUUCACCGAUGGAAAAAGAGAAAAAAAAUUAAACAUUGAAAAACCUAAAACACUGAAAACAUUGCAAAAUGAUAAAUUCUUUCUUAAAAAAAAAAAGAAAACCAUUUACUCUGCCAGGUCUAGGGUUGGUUUGACUAGACCUUGAUCAUAUACAAAAAAAAAACGUUUGUGGAAAAAAAAAAAAGCAAAAUGGGUAAAAUCUAAUUAAAUUUGAAUGCAUUCCUCUGUUUUAUGGCAUUUUACUGUGUUCUAUGCUCAUAGCCAUGGUGUGGAAUGGAGGUACCAGAGCAUUUUUGAAAGUUUAUAGUUAACUACUGGCUGGCUAAUAAAAUCUCAUUCAAAUCCUUG